UCAAAGUUUCAUUUACUUUAUUUCAACUAUAAAAAAGUCACUUUCCAAUAUUAGUAAUAAGAAUAGAAAGGUCUUUGGGGACUUAUCAUACUUGUCACAAGCAUAUUUAUUUUACAAAUUAUCACAAACCCAACUUAUUAACUUAUCUAAGUUAAGACCUGUGUUUCAAUAUCACGGAACAUCUCUUUUUCUUAAAAAUGAAAUACAGGAUUAUUUUGGUAAAGUUGUUGGAGCACACGAAAUAUUCCAUCCCGACUUAAAACAAAAGAAUCUUCAAAAUUCUGCAAUGAUGAAUGAAUGGAAAAACUGGUUAAGGGGUCAUUAUCACUAUGAUUUAUAUCCAAUUAGAUGGGAAAAAUUAUUCCCACAAAAAUGGCGAAAUAGAGUAAAGAAAGAUCGUAUGGUCAAAAAUAAAGAUUUUAAACAAUGUUAUUCAUAUGAACAAAACAGAUUAAUUGAUUACAAAAAACAAAAUGAUUUUGAAACCCGCUACUCAUUACCAAAUAAAAACGAUAAUAUUCUAAAAAAAUAUAUAUAUGAUCUUUUAUCAUAUAAAUCCAUUAAUUAUGAAGAUAAUAAAGAUUCAUCUAUUUAUGAAUUAACAGUGCAAGUAAAAAAUAAUCAAGAAAGUUCGUCUAAGUACAACACAGAUAAAUGGAAAUUUUUUGAUAUACUAACGGAUAUCCCUAUCAAUAAUUAUCUAAUAGAUAAUUAUAUUAUAGAUCGGGAAAAAAAUCUGGAUAGAAAAUAUUUUGAUUGGAGAAUGCUGCAUUUUGGUCUUAAAAAUAAGGCCGAUAUUAGAGCCUGGAUCAAUAUUGAAACUGACACAAACAGUAAUCAAAAUACUAAAACUGGGGGUAAUAGUUUUCAACUAAUUGAAAAAAUCGAUAAGAAAGAUUUUUCUUAUCUCACAAUGAAUCAAGAAAUCAACCCAUUGAACAAUAAAAAAAAAAUCUUUUUUGUUUUUGAUUGGAUGAGAAUGAAUGAAGAAAUACUAAGUCGUUCCAUAUCGAAUCUGGAACUUUGGUUCUUUCCAGAAUUUUUGAUACUUUAUAAUGCAUAUAAGAUUAAUCCGUGGAUCAUACCAAUCAAAUCACUUCUUUUAAAUUUGAAUAAAAAUUUCAUUAUUAGUCAAAAUGAAAAACUAAUUGGAAAGAAAAAAGGAUCUCCUUUAAUAUCAGCGAAGAAAAAACCUCUUUUUUUAGAAAAUGGAAAUAAAGGAAAAAAGGAAGUUGUGGACGAAAAGAAUCGUGACUCAGUUUUAUCAAACCAAAAAAAAGAUCUUGAAAAAGAUUCCGCGGAAGCAGAUGUGAAAAAACGUAGAAAGAAAAAAAAAUCCAAGAAAAACAUGGAAGCCCUGUUUGAUUCCUUCGUAAACAACUAUUUUAUUUUUCAAUUGAGAUGGGAGAAUUCCUUAACUGGCAAACUGAUGAAUAACAUCAACGUAUAUUGUCUCCUGCUUAGACUGAUAAAUCCCAUAAAAAUUACUAUAUCCUCUAUCGAAAGAGGAGAAAUAAAUCUGGAGAUGCUGAUAGUUCCCAAGCAGUUCCAGUUUCAUAAAGAAUUCUUAAAAGGGGGAAUAUUUAUUAUCGAACCUGUUCGUCUGUCUGUAGAAAAUGAUGGACAAUUUAUUAUGUCUCAAACCAUAGGUAUUUCAUUAGUUCAUAAGAAUAAGUACCAAAUUAAUCAAAGAUAUCAAGAAAAAGGCUAUCCUUAUAAGAAGAGUUUUGCUGAAUCCAUUGCAAUACAUCAAAAAACGAAUGAAAAUAGAACCAGCAAUCAUUAUGAUUUGCUUGUUCCGGAAAAUAUCUUAUCCCCUAGAGGUCGUAGAGAGUUCAGAAUUCUAAUUUGUUUCAAUUCUGGGAAUAGAAAUGAUAUCCAUAGAAAUACAGGAUUUUACAAUGCAAAUAAGGUAAAAACUCAUGAUCAAGUUUUAGAUAAAAGAAGCAAACAUCUUGAUAGAUAUAAAAAUAAACUAAAUAAAUUCAAGUUCUUUUUGUGGCCCAAUUAUCGAUUAGAAGAUUUAGCUUGUAUGAAUCGUUAUUGGUUUGAUACCAAUAAUAGCANGGCCCAAUUAUCAAUUGGAAGAUUUAGCUGGUAUGAAUUGUUAUUGGUUUGCUACCAAUAA